CAUGGUUUCCUGGCUGCUGGGCACAGCUGCCUGCAGGCUAUAAAACCAGCUCCUGGCCACCGGCAAACUCAGGAUUGCACCCAAGCAGGCAGAGAUGUGCCAGCUUCGGGCACUGCCAGCCCUGCUGCUCCUGCUCUGCUGCCCCUGGGCAAGUGCCAGUGCUCUGCGGGGUGGGAUUGUGGGUGGCCACGAGGCACGGCCCCACUCACACCCCUACAUGGCCUUCCUGAAGAUAGCAGAUCUGGGGAACUGUGGGGGCUUCCUGGUGGCCCCUGACUGGGUGAUGUCAGCUGCACACUGCCUGGGGAACACCACAGUCAUCCUGGGGGCUCACAACAUCCACAAAGCAGAAAAAUCCCAGCAGGUCCGGGGGGUGCUCAAGUACCACGAGCACCCUGAAUACAACCCCAGCACCAUGGAAAACGACAUCAUGCUGCUGCAGAUGACAUCAAAGGCCACUCUCAAUGACUACGUGCAGCCCAUCCCCCUGCCCAGGACGGGCAGUGACCUCCCCACGGGCACCAAGUGCACGAUUGCAGGCUGGGGUCUGAUCGACCAGGACAGAGCCACCAACAAGCUCUUUGAGACCCAAGUCUCCAUCUACAGCCGCAGGAAAUGCAGCCUUUUCUACCCACACCUGGAUUCUGGCAUGGUCUGUGCAGGCAGCUUCCACCAGCUGAAGGAUUCCAGCCAGGGAGAUUCUGGUGGGCCCUUGGUGUGCAAUAAAGUGGCACAAGGAAUCGUUUCCUUUGGCUACAACUCCCCACCCGGGGUCUACACCCGCAUCUCCAAAUACCUGCCCUGGAUCAGAAAAGUCAUGAAGAAGUAGUGCCAGUGCCAGUGCCAGUGCCAGUGCCAGUGCCAGUGCCAGUGCCAGUGGCAGUGCCAGUGCCAGUGCCAGUGCCAGUGCCAGUGCCAGUGCCAGUGGCAGUGCCAGUGGCAGCACUUUCUCCAGCUCUGCUGUCGCCCUGGACACUGCAAGAUCUUCCUUCCUGCCCCUGCUGAAGGCUCAGCUCCCUGCUGUCUCCUCAGGAACCCAAGUGACUUGGUCAGGGCACUUGAGUGCCCUUCACUGUUCUGGGGCUGCUGUCUGUCCCUGCCUGUCUCAGGGCUGUGUUUAACCCCCUGGCAGGAGCAGAGAUGGCCCCAGAUGGCACAAAAAGAAGCUGUGCCACAAGAAAGCCCACUUCCUUCAGAGAUAACCCUGUUCCUGCUUGGACCCUGCUGCACUUCAAGUAAACUCAAAGCUGCCCCUCC